AUGGGCAAUAGCAACGGUGCACCGAAGACCGAUCCCAUGAUGGACCAUCAGCCCUAUCCAGACAUGAAUGUUAUAUUCCGAGGAAUUCCAAAAAUGAUUCAGGUUGCUGAUGAUAUGCAUCGAAUGACAAAUUAUAUCAUGGACCUACGUAAUAUGACAAUUGGUCUGGUUUGCUUAUCUGUUGUUGGCAUGAUCUUAUUUUUGAUCAUGAAACUUGCCCAGGGACGGAGUAGCGCUGCACGUCGAAAACGUGAGCUCGGACGUCGGAUCGAGAAAAUGCCAAUGAAUCAGUCUCAUGAUGAUUCGAGCCACAAUGAAGCUACUACACCGUCGCUGGAACCGCGAAGCAUGCUUAAUGGGCAUGCGCAUAAAGUCUGA